UGCUUCCAAAGGCAUCUCCUCCCGCGGCAGGCGGCAGGCGAGGGCUCUCCUCCACUCAGAGCUCGCGUUGUCCGAGGCUCGGGGCAGAGCUCUCCGCUGGCGCGCUGCCCCUUGGGUCGAGGCCGGAGGUGGGCGGCCACGGGAGGAGCCCUCUACGGAGGGGAGGCCUCUGAGGAUCCGGACAGCUGCAGGAGUGCUGGCUCUGUCAUAGGCCAGAUCCUGACCUGAGGAGUGCACACACUCACACACCCCAUACACGUGUCACACACAUGUCUUUCCACGGCCCAUGUGGGGUCCACUUGGCUUCCAGAUCUCUCUGCACGAAUGCAGCAGCUUUUCAGAUUGCCUGUCGACAAGGCCAGGCCAAGGGCUCAGAGACACACAGGGACACCCGCACAUCGAAUCAAUCAGCAGAGGAAGGCUUCCUGCCUUGUGGGACUGACCGCCCAGAACCCCUGUCUCACCCUGGGGCCGAGCACAAAGGAAGAGCCCAGGAAAUGUGUGUGGCUCAUUAAAUGCCUCUCUCUGGAAGCCCUGUGGCUCCAGAAAUCUCCCAGACCGAGCGAAUCAGGGAAGGGGAGGGGCUUCUUCCCCAGUGAGCUGCAGUCGGCAUCCAGCAUCAGCAGGGGUGCGCAUGAGGAGCCCCGGCCCAAGGGGGCAGUGCUCUCUGCCCUGGACUCUGCAGGACAGUCCCUGUGCCUCCCACACCACCCGCCUGUGAGGGAGCCAGGUCCGGUGAGCUGCACACAGAGCCGUGAGGAGUCUGGACUCACCAGCCCUGGAGAUGGCGGGAAACUGCUCCUGGGAGCCCCAUCCCAGCAACAGGAACAAGAUGUGUCCCGGCGUGAGCGAGGCCCCAGAACUCUACAGCCGCGGCUUCCUGACCAUCGAGCAGAUCACCAUGCUGCCCCCACCGGCUGUCAUGAACUACAUCUUCCUGCUCCUGUGUCUGUGCGGCCUGGUGGGCAACGGGCUGGUCCUCUGGUUCUUCGGCUUCUCCAUCAAGAGGAGCCCCUUCUCCACCUACUUCCUGCACUUGGCCAGCGCCGACGUGGGCUAUCUCUUUAGCAAGGCCGUGUUCUCCAUCCUGAACACAGGCGGCUUCCUGGGUGCGUUUGCCGACUACGUCCGCGCCGUGUCCAGGAUCCUGGGGCUCUGCAUGUUUCUCGCCGGCGUGAGCCUCCUGCCGGCCAUCAGCUCGGAGCGCUGCCUGUCGGUCAUCUUCCCCGCCUGGUACUGGCGCCGGCGGCCCAAGCGCCUGUCGGCUGUAGUGUGCGCCCUGCUCUGGAUCCUCUCGCUCCUGGUCACCAGCAUCCACAACUACUUCUGUGUGUUCCUGGGCCGCCAGGCCUCUGGGGCGGCCUGCAGGCACAUGGACGCCUUCCUGGGCAUCCUGCUUUUCCUGGUGUUCUGCCCGCUGAUGGUGCUGCCCUGCCUGGCGCUCAUCCUGCACGUGGAAUGCCGGGCCCGGCGGCGCCAGCGCUCCGCCAAGCUCAACCACGUCAUCCUGGCCAUGGUCUCCAUUUUCCUCGUGUCCUCCAUCUACUUGGGGAUCGACUGGUUCCUCUUCUGGGUCUUCCAGAUCCCGGCCCCCUUCCCCGAGUACGUCACCGACCUGUGCAUCUGCAUCAACAGCGGCUCCAAGCCCGUCGUCUACUUCCUGGCCGGGAGAGACAAGUCACAGAGGCUGUGGGAGCCUCUAAGGGUGGUCUUCCAGCGGGCCCUGCGAGACGGCGCCGAGCUGGCAGAGGCCGGGGGUGGCACGCCCAACACGGUCACCAUGGAGAUGCAGUGUCCCUCCGGGAACGCCUCCUGAGAGCCCAGCACCUGGAGAGGAGGCAGGAUCCAGGAGCAGCCUGUGGCCUCCAGAGACCCUUUCCCGCAGGACAGGAGCUGGGCAGCCGCCUUGGUGCCCGAGGGCAAGGAGAAAAGUCUGCUUCCCACACUCCUGCCUCCUUCUCCCUGGGCGAGGCUCUGGGGUGGCCAAGGGACCGAGCAGCCACCUGCAAACAGAGCCCAUGGCCCCACUGGGCUCUCCCAGCCAUACUCCUCCUUCAGUGACCCAUUAUACAGAAGUUGUCCCAGGCAGUGGGCCAGGUGGUGGCCUGCAGGCUGGUGAGGCAGAGAGCAGGGGUCACCCAGCCCCGUCCGACUCCUGCCCCUGUGGUCAGCCCUCCUUGGAAAUGACACAGCUGGCACCAUCGCCAUCCAGCCAGCAGCUUUGUCCCCGCCACUGGGGCACUUGCUCUUCCCAUUGCAUCUUCUCAAGGCAACAUGAGCGAGCAGACCCGAGGGAAUGGUGCUUUCUGGGAGAGGGUACUGGCAACCCACCCUGGGGCUCUGCCUUUCUGCCAAUGAUGUCCCGCCCCCGCCCCCAGAUGAAUCCUCUGCUGACUUUCCUGGGACAGUCUUGGUCAUGGCAAGCAGCUGGAGACGGAAGGGACCUUCGGCCAGCUGGGGUGGGUCACUCUCUUUUCGGACUCCAUGCCCGCCAGCUCCAGCAGCCUCCAGAGUGCACGGUGUGUCCGAGCUGCUGUCCACCCGGUCCUCAGGGCUCCGGGCUCCAACCCCCACCCGAAAGUGGGCACUGGCUCUCCCUGGCCCCCCAGCCCACCUGCAAGCCCCGCGGCCCCGCGUAGCCGGAGCAAGUUUGAUGAGAGACCAUAAAUGUGUAUCAAUAAACGUUUUAUAUCUUGCACUGAA